GAGGAGAAGGCACCCGUUCCACGUCACAGUGUUCCGUCUGAUCGUGUUUGCGAAUCGCGUAGUGAGCUAGAUGGAGUGUACUUCUCGGAUACCGAGUCUCGCGGAUCUCCUCGUCAUGGCGAUUCGUUUGAACAUGGAGAAUUGCCGGAGAGCCUGGCAGACGCGGUUUCUCUAGGUGCGAUUUCAAUGAUGACCGGUAUCUCUUGCUACGACGAAUUGCCUGAUGACGAACGGUCUUCCGAUAGUGAUGCUGAUCGACAGUCUGGUCCAAAAUCAGAUGCCAUUGAGGUCGGGCCCCGAACACGUCUUGCCGGGUGCGCAAGCCUGAAACUGCUGGGGCGGUCUUAUUGGGGACCUUCCAGUACUUCUACAUCGUCAUCCUCACCUGCCGCAUCAUCAGUUCACCCCGGUGAGGUCCCUUUGGAAUUCGCUGGCGAAUCCGAAAACACUGCUCUUUUGGAGUGGUUGGAACAGCGUAUGCUCUCGUUAUUGGCUCCAUUGGCCGAACGCCAUUUGGGAUUACUUGCCCGGCUCCGUGCUGAAUUGCAACGGUCCGAGACACCGGAUUGGUCAUCCUCGCAUCACGCUGUGUCUGACGGAUUGCAAUCCCUUGCCAAACACGAUCGAGCUGAAAGUGGAGACAUUCUCACAGACAUCUUUGAUGCGAAUCUGGCGCGUGCGGAACCCUGUGAGACCGUCGAUUCGGACUCGGACAAUUCGGCUUCAUUGCCCGGACCAGACGUGAUGGGGACCGGAGAGCCGGGUUCGUCCGGAUCCACAACGUACAGCGUGUUACAGGCUGGCGGAGAAAGCAGGCGUCAUUCAGCUCUGGAAUCCGAGCAACCCUGUUCCGGACCGGGUGAAGCGCCGCCGACACCGAAGACCGAUCCCGGAGCUUUUGGCUCUUUUGAUUCGGUGUUCGCAGCCUAUUUGGACUUACUAGAGGUAAUUCGGAUACAUUGA